AGUACCAGAGAACAGCGAACCGUUGCAACCGAGGUUUCCGGUAGUUUCUGAGAUGCAGAAAGAUGGAGGUUGCUGAAACGAACGUUGCUACCGCUGUUGAAAUCCCAGCGACGAUAAGGACAGGCAAAGGGAGAGAGGAGCCUGAGCCGCGGCCUAACGAAGGAAGAAUGCUGAGCAUUUUGCGACGAAUUGAGUCAGAUUUGAGUGUUGUAAAGAUACAGAUCCAGGGUAAUAGUUAUAGCCACAUAUGAGAGGGAAUGGAAUGAGCUGCGACCGUGGCUUUCGU